GUUGCAGAAGGAGGGAGCAGGAGAAGGCAGCCAGCGGCCUUGAGCCAGGGAUGCAGGAUGGCGGCGAUGAGGGACGGAAGUGAAGCCAUGUCUUUGGAGGGAGAUGAAUGGGAACUGAGUAAAGAAAAUGUCCAACCCUUGAGGCAGGGGCGGAUCAUGUCUACACUGCAAGGAGCGCUGGCACAGCAAGACUCUGCUUGCAGCACCACUCUUCAGCAGCAGAAACGGGCAUUUGAAUCUGAAAUUAGAUUUUACACUGGAAAUGACCCUCUAGAUGUUUGGGAUAGAUAUAUUAACUGGACAGAGCAGAACUACCCUCAAGGGGGGAAAGAGAGUAACAUGUCAACAUUACUAGAAAGAGCCGUGGAAGCACUACAAGGAGAAAAGCGAUAUUAUAGCGAUCCUCGAUUUCUCAAUCUCUGGCUUAAAUUGGGGAAUUUAUGCAAUGAACCUUUGGAUAUGUACAGUUAUUUACACAGCCAAGGGAUUGGUGUUUCACUUGCUCAGCUCUAUAUCUCAUGGGCUGAAGUAUACGAAGCCAGAGAAAACUUUAAGAAAGCAGACGCGAAAUUCCAGGAAGGGCUUCAACGGAAGGCUGAACCACUGGAAAAACUGCAGUCCCAGCACCGACAAUUCCAGGCGCGAGUAUCUCGACAGACUCUGUUGACACUGGAGAAAGAAGAGGAGGAAGAAAGUUUUGAACCUUCUGCACCACAGCGAAGCACUCUGGCUGAUUUAAAAAGCAAAGGGAAAAAGACAGCAAGAGCUCCUAUCAACCGUGUAGGGGGUGCUCUCAGGGCCUCGAGCCAGAACAGAGGACUCCAAAUUGCAGCUCCUCAACAGAUGCUUACUAAUUCUAGAAUUACUGUUUUCGAUGAAAAUGCUGACCUGGCUUCUACAGCCGAGUUGUGUAAGCCUGCAGUCCAGCCAUGGGUGGCACCCCCUGUGGCCAGGGCUAAAGAGAACGAGCUGCAGGCUGGCCCGUGGAACACAGGCAGACCCUUGGAACAGAGGCCUCGUGGCAGUACAGCUUCCGUGGCAGCUGUGCCCUCUGUGCUUCCCAGUUUUACCCCCUAUGUGGAAGAGACUGCACAACAACCAGUUAUGACACCAUGCAAAAUUGAGCCCAGUAUCAACCACAUCCUAAGCACCAGAAAGCCUAGGAAGGAGGAAGGAGACCCCUUACAAAGGGUUCAAAGCCAUCAACAAGAGUCUGAAGAGAAGAAAGAGAAGAUGAUGUAUUGUAAGGAAAAGAUAUAUGCAGGAGUGGGAGAGUUCUCUUUUGAAGAAAUCCGGGCUGAGGUUUUUCGGAAGAAAUUGAAAGAGCGCAGGGAAGCGGAGUUACUAACCAAUGCAAAGAAGAGAGCAGAAAUGCAGAAACAGAUUGAGGAGAUGGAGAAAAAGCUAAAGGAAAUCCAAACUACUCAGCAAGAAAGAGUGGAUGGCCAGCAAGAAGAGAGGUUGCCUACAAAGGAGACGGCUGAGCGUGGAGCUGCCUCUGCAUCUCGGGAAGUCCCAGGAAUGGCACUAUUCCAUUCUCUUUGUCCAGUGAACUCUUGCACAAGGGAAACUUCACUUGCAAAAACCAUUGAUCAGGAACAGCCUGACUCUAAAGGUCCCAGUAUACCAUUUACCAUAUUUGAUGAAUUUCUUUCUUCAGAAGAAAAGAAUUUCAGUCUUCCUACAGAUCCGUCGGGGGCUUUAGCCCAACGAAGACCCCUUGGAAUUCUCAAAGCCUCGGAAAGCAUGCCCUCAGAUGAAGCCUGUGAUGAACUUACUGGAAUCGAGCCCCUGAGUGAGGAUGCCAUCAUCACUGGUUUCAGAAAUGUAACUAUUUGCCCCAACCCAGACGACACUUGUGACUUUGCUCGGGCAGCCCGUUUUGUAUCUACUCCUUUUCAUGAGAUAAUAUCCCUGAAGAAUCUCCCUUCUGGUCCUGAGAGACUCGUGCAGGAAGAGGCUGCAGGUGUGAAGACCUCCGAGGACCCGCAGACUUCCUGUGGCCCUCUCUACAACCAGACUCUCAGUGUCAAGAAGCUGAGCCCCAUUGUUGAAGACAGUCACGAAGUCACGCACUCUUCGGGGUUUUCUGGAUCUUCUGCCUCCGUUACAAGCACCUCUUCCAUCAAAGGCCUUCAGAUACCUGAGAAACUGGAGCUUACUGAGACUGCGGAAACCCUUACUCAGGCCUCUUGGUGUUCACAGCAUCGCAAACAACUACUAAACUCCCUCCCGGAGUUAAGUGCUUCUGCAGAAUUUUUCAUAGAAGACAGACCACUGCCUACGUUAGAAAUAGAUAAGGAAAUUGAAUUAGGAAAUGAGGAUUAUUGCAUUAAACAAGAAUACCUAGCAUGUGAAGAUUACAAAUUAUUCUGGGUGGCACCCAGAAAUUCUGCAGAGUUAACCAUAAUAAAGGUAACUUCUCAACCUGUUCCUUGGGACUUUUACAUCAGCCUCAAGUUAAAGGAACGUUUACAGGAGGAGUGUGAUCAUGUAUGCAGCUGCUAUCAGUAUCAGAAUGGCUGUAUUGUUUGGCACCAAUAUAUAAACUGCUUCACCAUUCAGGAUCUUCUCCAGCAGAGUGAAUUUAUGACCCAUGAAGUGACAGUGUUGAUUAUUUAUGACCUCUUGGCGACCGUGGAGAAACUGCACAAAGCGGAAAUAGUCCAUGGUGACUUGAGUCCAAGGAGCCUGAUUCUCAGAAACAGAAUCCACGAUCCCUAUGAUUUUAAGAAGAAGAACCAAGCUCUGAAGAUACUGGACUUCUCCUACAGUGUGGACCUUCGGGUUCAGCUGGACGUUUACCCCCUCAGUGGCUUUCGGACUGUACAAAUCCUGGAAGGACAAAAGAUCCUGGCUAACUGUUCUUCUCCCUACCAGGUAGACCUGUUUGGUAUAGCAGAUUUAGCACACUUACUAUUGUUCAAGGAACACCUACAGGUCUUCUGGGAUGGGUCCCUCUGGAAACUUAGCCAAAAUAUUUCUGAGCUAAAAGACGGUGAACUGUGGAAUAAAUUCUUUGUGCGGAUUCUGAAUGCUGGUGAUGAGCCCACCAUGUCUGUUCUAAGGGAGCUUGCGGCCGACAUGAAUGGGGUGUUCGAUAGCACUUUCGAGAGCCAGCUGAACAAAGCCUUGUGGAAGUUGGGGAAGUCGAUCAGCCCUGGACUUCCUCAGGGGUCUGCCUAAGCAAGUGGACAUGCUGUGGGACCCCAGAGCUGUGUAUAUUGUCCAUUCCUUUAGGACACCGGUUAGAUGCACUGCCCACACCUCUCAACUCUUGGUAGGGGGGGUGUUUUUUUACACAGUGUACCUGCCCUGGGUCUGACGUAACUUUAACCACAACUGUCCCUGUUUUCCCAGCUCCACCCCGUCCUUGAACACAUCUGUCUCCAUCUCCACCCCUCGUCUGUCUCGUGCUCUGUGCUCUGUGCCCAUGGGAUCACCGUGUGUUUUGUAAAUAAUAAAAUCGUAGUUAAAUUGGUGUUGCCAACA